AUGAAGCUCUGGUCAACGCUGAAUCUACAGCUGGUUCAUACUUGGUAUACGAAGGACAGCGAACUCAAAAUAAACGACGGAAAAGACAGUGAUGGCGUGGGCGUGGCCAGCAGGAAACAGAUAUCCCUGCAGUACAGCACGCGUUGUAUGGAGGUGCUGUGUGAUACGAGCAAGGUUCUCUUGCCCGUGGUGAUGUGUGCUUUUACCGAAGGGGCCUCGGAUGCUAUUGUGCGGUGUGCCAGCGAUGUGUUCGACGACAUCCUGGCACUGCAAUCAUAUCAAGGAUCAAGUGGAGUACCGUUAGCUGAUGACUCUCUGGCUGCUUCUGAGAUCUAUAAUAACACUCUGUUGAAGGGCAUCAUGGCUGCGCUUGUGGACCCUGAUUCCUACCGGAUGACGAAAUGGACGCUAGUACGUCGCGUGCUGCCACUGUGCCGUGCGAAUGAGGACCUCAAAUCGCCCGCCUACGAUGUGCGUGUGCACCUUCCGUUGCUAUGCCAACAGGCGGCCCAGGCUAUGCGGGUACAUCCACCGACAGCGUUCGCCAGAGACGUGUCUGAGUCUGUACAGGUGAUACUGUGUUGGAUCCGGACGCACGAGUCUAUACAAGCUAAUGAUUCUGAACAGACACAGGAUCUUGCAGAUGUACCAGCGCACGCACAACAGACCGUACACACACCCGGAGACACACCCGGAGAUACGACACAAAAUACGACACAAAGUACGACGAUAUACAACCCCUCACGGGAGGUGAAGAGUGUGCAGUGCGUGGAAGAGGCUCUCAGACUUCUGGUAUGCAUUAUGGUGACUCCUAUGGCAUCGGGCGAUUCACACAGCGACGGACCAGGAGAGUGUACGGCAGACGGGUCGUAUGAUCUGACAUUCACGACCGCAUUGCUGUGCGAGAGUGUGCAUGCAGCACUUGGGAGUGCGGGCUACCUGUCUCUGUUACGAGAGCUGUGUGUGCAGUCUCAGAAUAGUGUGAAGGCACGCGGUCGCGCAUGCACACUGCACGCACAGGCAAUCCUCUUAGCCCUGCAGUAUGGGCUGAAGCAGUCUCUGUACCACAGCCUCGAUCUGUUCGGUACAUCGGCUUCACAGGAUGUAGUCCCACAGCGCGAACAUACGAGUGGUUCGGAGUUGCUCAGUUGCCGGCGGUCUGAGGAUGAGUAUUCGCCAAUGACAAUUUUCUUUGCCAAAUAUAGAGACACCUUCAACAGCGUCGUGCGCGACUGCUUGUGCGCACACGACGUGUAUCUGCGCAUCCUGGCCUUCAAUCUGAUCGCCGACAAUCCCCGAGGUUCGGAAGUCCUGACCUCUCACGAAAUGGGACAUGUGCGACUGUUCCUGAUCCACAGCUUGAACGUGCCGCACUCUAAGGCGAGGGUGCUCAUCUGUGAGGCCAUGGCCAAGGUCACGAAGCGUCUGCGAACCGCUUACUGUGCUGUGCUUAGAGCGAAAUCACAGGCGUUGCAGAAACAAAAGGCAAAAGCUAAGCAUUCGGCAUCAAAGGCUGUCAGUGUAGCUACUGAGGGUCGGCAACGUCGAUCCGAACCAGCCAAGAUCUACUUCAGUGAGCAUUCCGACGAAGAUAUGCAAGCACUUCUGAUGUGGCUGAUGAAGUACCUUGCGGAGGCCCUCUAUCCCGUGGUAGCCGGCCCGUUCGGUCACACCAGCACAGUGCUGGGUCUGUUGGAAGGGCUGAUGGACAGCGAACUAGUAGAACUCGAUGAAAACAAACCCAAGCAGAAGAGCAAGCGCAAACAUGCCAAUAAGGCAGAGAAGUUAGCCAGGAAUAAGCCGGAGACAGCAGCAAAUAAAGACCAACAACCACGACCAGAAGCCGAAGAGGAUCAACCCCGCGUGCGAGCAUACUAUGCCGUACUAGACGAAGAAUGGUGCGCGCAUGCGCGUGAGCGGCUGAUGCCCUGUCUGCAGGAUCCCUUAGAGGGCCACCGCCAGCGUGCCUACAACAUGUUGGCAAAGCUGCACGCUUCCUCCCAACCCACAGUCUACUACCAUCAUUCCUUAGGAUUGCCACACCCCCCCCCGGAGAGUAUCAGACACACAUCCGAACAACACACUCUGUGCGUGCGCGUGCGUGCCAUUCUGGCAGAAGGCGCUGUGCUGCUGCGUAGUCCGCGCGCCAUUGAAGGCGAGGCCGGGGCGAUACUGACACGCCUGGCGGUCCUAUACGCAGAGAGAGGGUUUGCCUGUGGGUGUGAAAUAGAGGCCAUAACUGAAGCACUGGUGGCGACGAUCUACCUGGGCAAGUACCAUACAGGAACAGAUAACGGUACGGACAAACCGGGACGAGAGGAGACUGUGUUCUCUGGUAUCUCUAGUGCGCGGGUUGCCGAGAUGGAUUGGGAACGUUCGUGCUUGUGGUCGCGGUUGAGUUUUGUGAGACAGGUACUCGCGAGACUAUACAGCGAGGUGGAGAUAGCCAGACAGAGUCUGCUACUGGCGGCCCAUUCCGCUCCCAUCUACGCCACAGUCAAUGCUCUGCGGUAUGUGCUGCUUGACACCAGCUGGAAGGCACUCGCAGGCCUCUCCGCACAACCGAAGCUCGCUACACAUACCGCCGCCCAUGCACACACACAUGAUAGCUAUACAGAUAAUCUCACCCUCGGAAAGCACUCAGAAGGAGAAGGCGCAGAUGAGGACUUAUUAGAGGAGUGGAGAGUGGUUCUGCGUGAGAGCGUGCGGAUUGGUUUGGAGUUGGUCACUCUGGUGGCGCCAGUUGUGCGGAAUGAGUCGCCGGAGGGCAAUCUUCCGUCUGAAGUGCUCGCGGCCUACGACCGAGUGAUCCGGCUGUCGGAUAGGAACAGUUCGGUACCUUUGAGUGCCGAGAAGGGUGCACCGGAUAGUACAGAGGGUCAUGAAAAAGAGGGGGAAAGCACGCAUACCCCUGUGACCAGUCCAGAUCCACAACAGGUGCAGGUGCAAGGACCGCUGCACAAAAUGGUGCUGGUGUGCAGUUGGCUGACGGUACAGAGUGUGAGUCAGUUGGUGAAAUGCCUCACCUCGACUGUAGCGCCCGUUACUGGCGUGGGUGCCGAGAACAAGGGCCAGACCGGCGCUGCGAGUGCGAACGCACUGAUUUCCGUUGACAUGAUCGCAGAGCUGGGGAAGUCCUUCAUUGAUCAGUUGGUGAGCACUGUGCACGUGGGUGCCUUCGAACAAGCACGUCCCGGGUUUGAGGCCAUCUGUGAAUUGUGUUGGUCAGCCACCGACAAUGGACUGCGACAACUGCCGCACGAGUGGGGUGAACGCGUAUUCAACGCCAUCGCCUCAGAUUCCUCAAACACGCGCCGUAGCGCAGGACUACCGGCAGUGAUCAUGACCCUCAUCAUACAUGAUCCGUCCAAGACCUACUUCAACGUGGUUCUACCCAAGCUUGUUGCGCUGGCGACAAUGCGAUCCGAGGAUACCAGUCCAGCAGAAGAAGCAACCUCGUCAUCGACACCCACUCUGCCCCAAGUUCACGCGCUGAACAUCCUGCGUAGUCUGUGCCGAGACGCCGUGGUCGGCGCUCGCCUCAAGGACCACUUCGAACAACUGCUGAUCUUAGCCAUACAGUGCUUUGCCAGUGACAGGUGGCAUGUGCGCAAUGCGGCAACCAUGUUGUACGCUGCCCUACUGCACCGGGUGCUAGGACCGGAGAAUCGACCCACAAAGAUCGCAAAGGCUGGGGUGGAUAGCUUCUUUGCAUUGUACCCCCGUGCAUACAU